AUGAGAUUAAUUUCGAUUGUAUUUAAAGUAGCUAUGCAUCGAGUGCUUAAUGUUGCUGAAAAAAACGAUGCAGCUAAAUCGUUAGCUCGUCUGCUUUCAAAAAAUUCAGCAUCGAUGCGUGAAGGGUUUUCAAGAUUUAAUAAAAUUUAUGAAUUUAAUUAUCAACUUUUUAAUCAACCGGUACAAAUGAUUUUUACAUCGGUGUCUGGUCAUAUUAUGAAUUGUGAUUUUACGGCAGCACAUAAUAGUUGGGCACAAACCGAUCCAGUUAUUUUAUUUGAUGCUACAAUUCAAAAGAAAGUUACUGAUCGUGCACUGGAUAUUGAAAAAACCAUAAAACGUGAAGUCGUCAAAUGUCAAACGUUAAUUAUUUGGACUGAUUGUGAUCGUGAAGGAGAAAAUAUUGGUUUCGAAGUAAUUAAUUUAUGUCGACCUUUAAAAGCCAAUCUUAAAAUUUAUCGAGCUCGAUUUUCUGAAAUAACAUUUAACAGUGCAACUCGUGCUUUAACAAAUCUAAUACAACCGGACGAACGUGUCAGUGCCGCUGUCGAUGUUCGGCAAGAACUUGAUUUACGUAUUGGUGCAGCAUUUACACGUUUUCAAACUUUACGUUUACAACGACUAUUUGGUUUCGAUUCAAAACAAGUCAUUAGCUAUGGUUCAUGUCAAUUUCCAACGUUAGGGUUUAUUGUUGAACGUUAUCUUCAACGAGUAAAUUUUAUCAGUGAACCAUUCUGGAAAAUAGCUGUCGAACAUCAAACUGAAGCAGGAGAAUUUUGUGAAUUUACAUGGGAACGUAAUCGUCUGUUUGAACAUCAACCAUGUUUAGUGAUCUAUGAUAUGAUUAUGGAUGAACCAUUGGCAAAAGUAAUGGAUGUCAAAUCAAAAAAUAAAUCAAAAUGGAGACCUGCUGCACUUGAUACUGUUGAAAUGGAAAAACUUGCCAGUAGAAAGUUACGUAUGACUGGUAAAAAGACAAUGGAAAUUGCAGAAAAACUAUAUAUGAAAGGUUUAAUUAGUUAUCCUCGUACAGAAACAAAUAUAUUUCCAACGGAAAUUAAUCUUCAACCACUUGUACAAAAUCAAGCGAAUGAUCCACGUUGGGGAGCAUUUGCUCAACGUGUACUUAAUGAGGGACCCCGGCCACGCAAUGGGAAAAAUACUGAUAAAGCCCAUCCUCCUAUUCAUCCGACACGAUAUCCCGAUGGGCAAUUAACAGAUGACGAAAAUAAAUUAUAUGAAUUAAUUGUUCGACAUUUUCUUGCUUGUGUUUCAAAAGAUGCACAAGGUGAUGAAACAACAAUUAAAAUUAGUAUUGCAAAUGAAAAUUUUAAUGCAUCUGGUUUAAUUAUUCGCGAAAGAAACUAUCUUGAUGUUUAUGUUUAUGAUAAAUGGUCAGAAAAGGAACUGCCACAUUAUGAAUUGAAUCAAACAUUUUAUCCGACAAAAAUUGAAAUGAUACAAGGUGAAACAACAGCACCACAAUUAUUAACUGAAUCUGAUCUUAUUGCUCUAAUGGAAAAACAUGGAAUUGGUACGGAUGCAACACAUGCUGAACAUAUAGCGAAAAUUCAAGAUCGACUUUAUACAAAAAUGAAUUCCGAACGUCGAUUUGAACCGGAAAAAUUAGGUCUUGGUUUAUGUGAAGGUUAUGAUAAAAUGGGUCAUGCUCUGUCCAAGCCACAUCUUCGUGCCGAACUUGAAAAUCAACUAAAAGCAAUUUGUGAAGGAAGAGCAAACCCAGCUGAUGUACUUCGAGAACAAAUUGAUAAAUAUCGACAAGUAUUUAUUGCUACAUCAGUACAAAUUCAGAAACUUGACGAUUCCAUGACUAAAUAUUUUGGUCCACCGGGUCAAAAUCCGCCACCACCACCUCCACCUCGUCCACCACCAUCAGGACCUUUUGGUGAUCCUCCACAAACUCCACGUAAUAAUAAUAAUAAUAAUCAACCAGCUAGACCUCAACAACCAAGGCCACCACCUCCUGCUCGGCCAUUACAACAAGAGCAAAUCCGUCCCACAAAUAGUACUGGUGUACCUAAAUGCAAUUGUGAUGCUGAUGCUAAAGAAUUAACAGUGAAGAAAGAUGGUCCAAAUAAAGGUCGAUCGUUCUUUCGAUGUGGAAACAAUGACAAUUGUAAUUUCUUUGCUUGGAAAGAUGACGCAACGCCUAGUAAUGCCGGAGGUGGUCAACGACAAUUCGGAGAUAAUCAAGCAAAUUCAUUUCGUAAACGGCGACAGUCAGAUAAUGAUGAUGAUACAAAACAACGAAAAUGUGGUCUUUGUAAACAAGCAGGUCAUACACGUCGAAAUUGUCCAUCGUUAAACUUGUGA